AACCUACAGUUAAUAUUGGGUUAUCACAGAAAAACAAAGCACCCGAAUGAGAAGCAGCGGUUUAGAAGCUCUACCGAACGGCCGAAUAAGAAGCUGCGAAUAAGUUGGCAACUUCAUAAAACGACGCGAAUAAGACGUCAGCGACAGUCUCGUUACAUCCUCUCUGACUCAUUCGAAGAUUAUUCGUUUAUUUGAUUUUCUCGGGAAUUUUGCUUCCGUAGAGUUAUAUUUAUCACCUGGCUAACUUAUAAAGAGAGUCUCUCACUGACGCAACUUUCAAAACGCAGUCAUUCCUUUAGUCACGGGAGAAAGCGCAUUUUUGGGUGGGAACUAUUCUGUGUGACCGAUAACCAGACGCUUUCUAUUUAAUAAAUCAUUUUAUGAAAUAAAAGAUAAGAGAGUGGGGCGAAUUGGGAUCAAAUUUCCCUUACUUUAUAGACUGGCUACUGCGGGAUGCCUACAUUCAUUCAUUUUGCUCAACCCAUGUCAAACGAUCGAUUUUAUACGAUGAUGUACCUGCCAAAGACUGCCUUAGCUCGUUGUAAUACGUCUUUCUUUCUGAUUCCAGAGUUCAGCAUGUUUUUUCUUGUAUCUGUGUGGUUCUUCGCCGUGACAGAUGCCUUUGAGGUGAUUGCCCCCAAAAGUGAGGUGAUAGCAGCUCGUGGGCUACCGGUUGUUUUAGGGUGCAGGUACACCCCAAACGCUGACGGGAACCUGGAUGGCUUGGUCGUGACUUGGCAGCGGGUGGAUAACUCCCAGGUGGUGCACAGCUUCUACUACAACCAGGAUCAGCUCGAUCGGCAGAGCCCCGGGUACAGGAAUCGCACCGCUCUGUACCACUCGGGGCUCGGGUCGGGGAAUGCCUCUCUAAGGCUGGAGAGGGUCCGACCACAGGACUCUGGCGGUUAUCAGUGCUCCGUCAGCAACCUGAAGGGAACGGGCAGAGCCACUGUCAAUCUGACAUAUGCUGCUUUCUACACAGAGCCUGCGCUCAGCAUAACCCUCCAGUCCACCGGCAUCUGCGUCCAGUAUGAGAGUGAGGGAUACCCUGAGCCAGAGGUUCAGUGGGUGGAUUCCAUGGGUCAGAACCUGACCCAUCACCUGGAGGUCAUUCCUCAGCCCAGGGAGGAAGGGCUCCUCUUCCUCCGAACCCAUGUCCUUCUGGAGGAUUCUUGCCCAGCGGUUAACUUCACCUUCAGCCUUAAAAACAGGGUCCUGGACCAGGAGCUGGCAUGGCCCAUGAGCUUCAGCUGCGCUGGCCGAGGAUCCUCUACGAGAGAGACUAUUUUUCUGGUCUUGUUUAUUAUUUUUCUGCUUUUGUUUAUUUGCUUGGCAACGUUUCUUGUUUUGCACAGGAGAGGUCAAAACUUUACCAUGUGUUUUAAGGAAAUGAAUGGAACACAUUGAUGGGGAUGUCCUCUGACUCUAAAUAGAUUUACAGACAGCGAUGACGUCCCUUUGAAAGAAGCUGGAGCAACAAAUCUGUUUCAGCAUCUGCCUCAUGCUUUUCAGUCAGUGCAGCUUUAUCAGUCUAGCAUAUAAACCCUUUCAGCGUGGAAACCAACACUACAGAAGCUGCUAGCACACUCUCGUCCCCUUCACCCUUGUCACCGUGGAGGUUCUCUGCACAGAAACCGUCACCUCUGUUUGACAUCUGUGGAACCUUUGCAUCAUGUAACCCCACCUGUGGCCUCAUUAAAGCUCAUGGCUCUUUCGUCAGGUCCUGAUCUUCAUCAAGCCACUGUACAUCCACACGUACAAGCUCCUUAAGCUGCAACGUGCUUGGCUGCUCUGCCAGUGAGAGCACUUAAACCCUGAUACAGAGCCAUGCUGAUUUGGACAGAAAACACUCUGGACCUUGCCUUUCACGACACAAUGCCAUUCCUAGCUACCUCCACAACACCAGUAGCCUAGAGGCAAGUAGCAUGUAUGUAGCAUGCAGGUAUUAGGUGGUUUCCCUUCCCUUCAGUCCUCCAAUCCUAUUUAUAUUGGUUAACCUUAGCAUGCAGAACUGUGUCCAAGAGACCCAGCAUGGUUUUUGUUUUCCAGUAACUACGUCAUACAACAUGGCUUGCUCAGUAUUGUUAUGACAUUUUAAUUUUAUAAUCAUCUAUAAUUCCUUAAAUUCUUAUCACUACCAUAAUACUACUGACUUCAGGGAUUGAAAUCAUCGAUUACGUGCAAGUGUUUUACAUUUUAAACAAAAACAGAACAGUACAUUGAGAAGAGACAGGAACCAAGUGGUUCAGCCAGUUAAGGCGCUUGUUUCAUGCAGUCUGAGGCAUACAGCUCAGACCUCUCUUUCAGUGUGAGCUUUGUUAUUCUCCGACAAUAACUGGGAGUCCGUAGGGGUGGAAUACAAUUGGCUUCAUUCCACCUUGCCUUCAUCUGGCCUCAGUGCUUCUAUAGGAGUAUAUAUAGAGGGUAUGCAAAGAGCCCAAUCUAUUGUGUUCCCACCCAAACUUGAGUGAAAGGGAGGACAGUAUCAAAUACAAUACUAAAAAUAAAAAACACUGAAAGGAUAUUUUACAUAUAUUAUUAUGUUACAUCUACACUAUUUAUUGUAAUAUUUAACUAUACUACUUAAUUGUAUUUUCUGUUUUCCAUGAGAGUGUUAAGUCAUACUCUGACCCAAUACUGACUUGCUGAAGUCUGAAUCUGAGUUUCAGUGUACAACAGACGCACAUGAUUUUAAUUGUUAAUUGUAAUGGUAAUUCUAUAGAUUGAUACAGCUACGGCCUUCCUCUUGGACAAUACAGAGGUGUGCUGAUAUCACAAACAUAGAAUGUGGUCAAAUAGAGCGUGAAGCAAAACACCAGACAGCAGAAAAGCAUAAAAAUAGGUAGAAGCUGAUUUGGUGAAAAUUAAAAAUGCCAGAUUUAUUUCUGCUACACGUGCAGCAAACUCACUACUUUUGGAAAUGAUAUGUCGUAACCAUGCUGGUGCUAUAAUAAAGGUUCGGAGAAGUCAGGCACUGUUGAGGCACGUAUCCCGUCAGAUGUUUACUGUCAGCUUGUGCCAUAAGCGGUCCUUUUUAUCGUGUGAAAGGAAUGAGGAAUGUGUGAAAUUGCAUUAGCCAAUCAGGACAUGAUGUUUAAAAGUGCAUUUUUCCGUAGUGCUUGUUGAGCAAUAGAAUUCUGUAAAUGAUUGGAAACUGUAACAGAUACAAGGUCAGGGGAAGAGAGUGGCAUAUGAAUGUAUAGAAAGAAUGACCAAUUUUUGAGUAUGUUUUGUUAAAAAAGUAAUAAAAUCAUUGUUAAAAUGGUUAUUUUGUUAUACUUGUAAAAUGAGUCCACAUUAAUACGUGUACUGUUUUUGAAAUAAUGGCAACAGAAACCACUGUUAAACGUGAGUUUCUUUUACAUGACAGUCCAAAUUCAUGUGAUUAAGUACAAGUUUUGUACCCUAGGUACUGGUUAUCCAUUACCGUAAGUUUGUAAUGCUUCAACAAAACCCAGAAUCCACUGUGACGUGCAAGCCAAUAAUGCUGUUCUGCAACUGACCACACACAAUGUUCUUUCAGUGAGACACCUGUCACAUUAAACCUCACAUUAAAGAACUGCAGUUUGAUUGCAAUUGCACUUUGAGAAGAACGUGUGAAGAUUAUUUAAUUUCAGCUGUGUCUGUCGAACAUAUUAAGCUUGUCAUUCAUUACGGUAAAAAUGUUAAAUGAUCAAAUGCUGCUGUGCAGUAUCUAUCUAAACUUUGCCUAAAUUUCUUUAUUUUUCACUCUUCUGUAACAAGUUGAGGUCCAGUGAGAUCAACCAUUUCCUGUAAUUCAAAGGUGUAUGCUGUCAUUAUGCCAAACCCCAUGCUCCAUUUAUCUAGAAAAAGAGGAAGAUGAGAGAUGCAGCUGAAGACAGGUGACAGCAAUGCAUUUUCAGCAUUUCAUUAUUCGUGUGUAUACACUUGUUUUUAUGGUUUGCAGUGUAUGUGUGUGGAGUUUGUACUGUUUGUACUUUCUCGCUGCAGAACAA